AUGAACAGCAAAGUUUAUGAGCAGAUUAAGGCAUCUUGGCUCUGGAGAAAGCUGCGUGGCAAGAGGCGGUGGGUGAUGGCAUUCUGCCUCUUGAUGACUCUGUCUGUGGUGACUGUCACCCGCUUCCUCCCACAGCAUCCAGCCACUGGCCCAGACCCGGGUCCCAUGGAGCCCCAGGAGGUCACUGGAGCCCCUGGCCCCCACAGCCGGCAGGCUCUGAGCUCUAGCUGGAGGCAGCGGGCAAGAGACCUAGGGUUCUGGAAAGGCUGGCCCUUGCCUAGGAAUUCCAUCCCCGUGUGUGCUGAGGAGAAAGGCCACAGGGGGACAGUGGACGGAAGCAGGAAGUCCCUGGGAGAGGACAGCAAGCAUCCAGGGAGGGUCAGGAGGGACAUUACUUUGGCCUCUCCAAGAAAUUUGAGACUCAGUACCUCGCGUCUUUUGCUCCUGAGGGACGAUGAGGUCAGGGCUCCAGGAAGCAAAGACUUGGGUACCCCCUGGCAUGACAGUCCCAUCGGAGAGGCACAGAAUGAGACUGGCACCCUGGCUGACCCCGUCACAGGACGUGGCAUGACAGCUUUACAGGCUUGGAGAGCUGCUGUUGGACUCACCCUCCGGCCCCACCCAGUGGAAAGCAAGAAUCUGCCGGGAGCUAGGAACGGAGCCUUGACUGGUAAGCGACAAGCAGGGCAUCCCACCUCAGUUACAGGGGCUCUUCGGUGGCCUGGCUCUGUUGCGGAGCUGCAAGAAUCUGUCUGGUGUGAUGCCGAGACCCCUGAGCUGUUGACCAGCUUGAGGACCGGCGGGCAGGCCCCCCCAUGGCUCACGGAGCACGAUGUGCAAACACUCCAGCUGCUGGCCCACGGGGAGGUGGUGGGCAAAGCCAGGGUCCCUGGCCAUGGGCAGGUGCUGCAGGUCGGCUUCUCCAGUGAUGGUGCCCUUCGGAACAUGUCUUCCGGGCUCAGCCAUCUCUGCUCCCAGGGGCUCUGUGGCCUGAUCAAAAGGCCUGGGGACCUGCCGGAGGUCCUGUCCUUCCACGUGGACCGGGUGCUGGGGCUGCGCCGGAGCCUGCCUGCCGUGGCCCGGAACUUCCACAGCUCCUUGCUGCCCUACCGAUACACGGAUGGUAGCACCAGGCCCGUCGUCUGGUGGGCGCCUGAUGUGCAGCACCUGGGAGACCCAGAGGAUGACCAGAACUCUCUGUCCUUGGGCUGGCUGCAGUACCAGGCCUUGUUGGCACAUGGCUGUCGCUGGCCAAGCCAGGCCCCCUGCCUGGGCAUCCACCACACCGAGUGGGCACGCCUGGCGCUCUUCGACUUCCUGCUGCAGGUACAUGACCGCCUAGACCGCUCCUGCUGUGGCUUCGAGCCCGAGCCGUCGGACCCCUGCGUGGAAGAGAGGCUCCGAGAGAAAUGCCGCAACCCCGGCGAGCUGCGGCUGGUCCACAUCCUGGUCCGGAGCAGUGAUCCAUCCCAUCUGGUCUACAUCGAUAAUGCCGGCAACCUUCAGCAUCCUGAGGACAAGCUGAACUUCCGGCUGCUGGAGGGCAUCGCUGGGUUUCCUGAGUCUGCCCUGCAGGUUCUUGCCUCAGGGUGUCUGCAGAACAUGCUGCUCAAGUCCCUGUGGAUGGACCCCGUGUUCUGGGAGAGUCAGGGCGGGAGACAGGGACUGAAGCAGGUGCUCCGGACCCUGGAGCGGCGAGGCCAGGUGCUGCUGGAGCACGUCCGCAAGCACAACCUCACCCUCUUCAGGGAGGAGGCCUCGUGA